ACCUCUUUUCAUUCAUUCACUCACUCACUCACUCACUUACUCGCUCAUUACAUUUUCUCAAACACCAUUUUCGCAUUUCUAUCUCUACCUUUGGUUAAUAAUAUUUUGUGAAUUAGCUCUGAAAAAGAAAGAGAAUGCAUUACCAAACAGAGUCAUGGGGGUCAUACAUUCCGGCAACGACAAUGACGGUGGGGGGAGACCCACUGGAGAGAAUAGAGAGGCUGGCGUCGGAGAGCGCGGUGGUGAUAUUCAGCAUGAGCACGUGCUGCAUGUGCCACGCCAUAAAGAGGCUGUUCUGUGGGAUGGGUGUGAACCCAACAGUCCAUGAGCUGGAUGAGGACCCAAUCAGAGGCAAAGACAUGGAAAAGGCUCUUAUGAGGCUUUUGGGGAACUCUUCGACCGCUGCUGUUCUCCCUGUUGUGUUCAUCGGUGGCAAACUUGUUGGUUCUAUGGAUAGAGUUAUGGCUUCUCAUAUCAGUGGCACCCUUGUUCCUCUUCUCAAAGAUGCUGGUGCUCUCUGGCUCUAAGUGCUCUUUUUCUCUUUCUUUCUUCUUUUUUUUUUUUUUUCCUUGAAAACUGGAAAUGGAAUAGUUUUCCAAGAAAAAAAAUGACUUUUCUUUUCUUCUUUUUUUUCUCUCUUUUUUUUUUUUUUUUGUUUCGGUUUUUAUAAAUAUAUAUAGCAAAGGAAUUGAUCUUGAACAUGAUCAUCAGAAUGGCAAAGGAAGAGGAGUUUGUUUGUUGUUUUCC